UCCAACUUCACAAACUUAUCCUACAAGAAGAAUCAUUUGGUACUCAAAUUUGUGGUAAUCUUCUACUAUGGCAUCUGCUAGUACUAAAUCUCUUAUUACAAUUGCAAUUGUUGUACUAAGUCUGAUCGGGAAAGGCUUUGUUGCAGCUAAGGUGGACGACUGUUACUACACGGCAGCAGACAUAAAGAUUUCUCAAAAACCUACGGGAGCUAUAAUUAAAGGGUUACCCGAGUAUGAGGUGACUUUCUAUAAUUCAUGUCGUUGCACCCAUACCAAUGUGCUCCUUGACUGUCAUGGGUUCGCUAGCGUCGAAGACAUAGGAGAUGAUCUAAGACCAAGAAGUGAUGGUACUUGUCUCCUUACAGAUGGUUCAGGACCUAUUCGCGGCUAUUCCACCAUCAAGGUCAAAUAUGCAUGGAAGACUCCCUCGACUAUCACUCCUUUACUCUCACAAGUUGAUUGUCGUUCUUGAUCAAUCAAAUCAAAUCAUUGUUUUAUGAUGUCACACGU